AUAAAAAAAUCCACAUCUAAUAUCUUUUUUUUCUCUUUUUCUCUUAGAAAUUUCAAAAUGUCUCAAAUCAAAGACUCGGAUGAAGAUAGUUCAACGCAUCUUUUAUCAUCGGAUGAAGGCCACACAUCUGGUACAGUGACUCCCGUGACAAGCGCUAAAAAUGAAUGUGAAUGUAAAUCUUCCAAUAGUGAAGUGGGACUCUGUGAAACGUAUUCAUCUAGUUUAAACAGAGAGUUUCCAAAGAUGGCCACUUCAUAUGACUUCUCAAAAUCGGAAAAUCAUGAUGCAGGCUCAACAGAACAUGAUAGAAAAACAUCAAACAAAACUGUCCAAGAUAGCCAAAGACAAGAUGAUGAAGAAACACUUACAAAAACUUUAUAUUGUGUACCUUGUAAAUACGAAAAUUUGGACAAGACAGCAACAUGCUUCUGUCUAACUUGUAAUGACCCAGAACCAAUGUGUCAAGAAUGCACUUCGCAGCAUUUGAAACAAAAACAGUCAAGAAAUCAUAAAGUGUGCUAUGAGUUAGAAAAGUAUGGCACAGUUAAAAAUGCUAUAAUGUGUGAAUCCUGCUCAUAUAACAAAGAGGACAAUGUGGCGGAAGCAUUUUGUCUAAAUUGUCGAGAACCAGACCCAAUGUGUACUCAAUGUGCAUAUCAACACAAAAAGCAGAAGUUAUCACGGGGACAUAAAAUAUGCAAGGAUCUAAGAAAACUGCCUAUUGUAGAAAAAAUUAAGGAAAAGACCCAAUGUGUACCUUGCUUAUUCGACCAGGCUGAAAAUAUUGCAUCUGCUUUAUGUCUUAGUUGUGAGGAUCCCGAACCAAUGUGCAAUGUAUGCGCCAAAUGUCACAUCAAGCAGAAAGACACUAGAGGACAUGACAUUUAUUUACAUAUACAUACCCAAUUGGACGAAAGUUCAGACCUAAAUCAAGACUGUAAGAGUUUACCUGAUUUAUUUCAGCUGAUGCCAAACCGUUCAUCUAUAAAUUUGUGUACCUGGGAUCAAUUAUCAAAGAGCUCCAAGGUUUCGGGAGUCCAACCGCAGAUUAAGAAGUACAAGACAGACUUCGCAGUGAUCUUUUGGGAAGAAAUAAAGCAUGCCGAUUACUAUCAAAUCCGAUUUAAACCUUUUAUAUAUGGAGACGAGUACGAAUGGAUGCCAAUAGAUUCUCAAAUCAAAGAAAGAGAAUUUAGAGUUGAUGGGCUUAAAGCCGAAACAACAUAUAUUUUCCAAGUACGUGGGGUAAAAAAUGGAGUUCCAUGCGAAUAUGGACCUCCCAGUUUUCCAAUUCAAACAUAUCCUUCACUGGCAAGCACCAUACUACCAUUCUGUAAACAAGUAAAAGACGGUGCUCUUCCUACCUUUCAACUGCCCUAUCACACAGACAACAUGGCAAGGAAACCAGAAACCAAAAUCAAAGAAAUAAAACUAGGAUUUGGAAAUCCCAAAAUCGGUGCCCUCAAUAUAGACGAAAAAACUGUCAUUUUGGUUGGAGCAACAGGAUGUGGAAAAAGUACAAUGGUUGAUGGAAUCAUAAAUUAUAUCAUGGGCGUCAACUUUCAAGAUGAAUUCCGUUUUACUCUUUUAGAACUAGAGGAAGAAGAGAAAAAGUCUGAUAACCAGGCUAUUUCACAGACGGAGUGGAUAACAGUGUACAAGAUAGCACCACAAACAGGUAGUCGCUUAGAUUAUACACUGAAUAUCAUCGACACACCAGGAUUUGGAGACACAAGGGGAAUUGAACGGGAUGAGCUUCUUGUUGAUCAAAUUCGACAUCUUUUCACAGAUAAAAGCCCACCAAAUCUGCUUUCUUUAGAUUGUGUAUGUUUUAUUGUCAAAGCACCCGACGCUCGACUCACACCUACACAAACAUAUAUCUUUCAUUCAAUUAUGUCUCUUUUUGGCAAAUAUAUUGAAUCAAAUAUAUGCUCGUUGAUUACGUUUGCUGACGGUGCAAAACCACCUGUAUUAGCAGCGCUAAAUGAAUCAAAGCUUCCGUUUGGAAAUCACUUUGUUUUUAAUAAUUCGGCGCUAUUUGAAGACAAUAAAGCUAUAGAUGGGAAUUCCUUGACCCCAAUGUUUUGGGAUAUGGGACAAAAAAGUUUUCAAAAUUUCUUUGGUGCUCUCAAAUGCUACAAAGAAAGAAGUCUCGCGCUCACAAAAGAUGUACUUGAGGAAAGAGAGCACUUAAAAACUGUAAUUCACAAUAUUCAACCCCAGGUCGAUGCGGGUCUCACAAAAGUGAACGAGUUGGAAGAUCAAGUACGCGUUCUAGAGAAGCACAAAGCAGACAUUGAUGCAAAUAGAAACUUUGAAUACGAGGUAGAUGAAAUAAAACAAAUACAAAUAAAAUUGCCCCCUGGUCAACAUGUUACAAACUGUAUGCAUUGUAAUCUUACAUGUCAUGAAGACUGCAAAAUCGCGGACGAUGAACACAAAAGCAGGUGUGCUGCAAUGAAUAGGGCUACAGGAAAAUGUGAAAUUUGUCCAGGUCAUUGUGAUUGGUACGAUCAUAAAAAUACACCUUAUAUAUUUAGAUUUAAAACUGAAAAGGUAAAAAAGAUGUAUGCUGAAAUGAAAAGAAAAUAUGAAGAUGCUGUAGGAGAAACCAUGAACUAUGAAACAUAUAUUCACAAUCUUAAAUGCGAUAUAAACGAAGUGUUCAAGAAAAUAAAGGAAAAUGUUGAAGAAAUGAAAAGAUGCAAAAAUAAACUUAACGAAAUCGCAUUGAAACCUGAUCCAUUGACUUCUGGGGACCAUAUUAAGAUUCUCAUUGAAGCACAAAAGAGUGAAAAACAGCCUGGAUAUGAUAAACGCAUUGCCGUGCUUGAAAGGGUGUUGCACGCUGCACUUAUAGAAGAGCGAGUAGAAAAUCUACGUGAAGCUGCAAAUAAAACAAUUGACCGUGUAUAUGUCGUAGUGGGGUGCGAAAAACAAAUAAAACCAAAAAGAAAAGGAAUAUUAGAGGGUCCUGUUAACUUUAUCAAACGAUUUUGGGAAGAAUGUAAGAACACAUAUCACUUAACACUUAACUUUGUAUUCAGCAACCAAAGAAAAACUGAAAUGGCAGACUCGGGACCAGAGGAUAACAAGUCAAGCUGUCCGCCAUGUUUGCAACCUGAUGAUCCGAUCGAAAGUUCUAGUGACGCUGUCGUGUCGGAGAAAAAGAAUAAAUUAGAAAACGAAAGUGAAGAAAGUGAAUCAACUGCAAGUGAACCAGUUGGAGAAAAAAUUAUCUGUUCAACGUGUACAGAAGAAAAUAUUGAUGCCGAGGCAACAUUACUGUGCAAAGAUGAGAAUUUGUCCUUGUGCAAUACCUGUGGUAGACGCCAUAAGUUAGAACAGUCUACAAAAACUCACGAGAUAGUGAGGUUACAAGACGGCCAAAUGAUUUGCGAUCUUUGUUUGGAUUCCUCUAUCAUUGGUUAUGGUUUUUGCCAAGAUUGUGAAGAUCCAGAAGUGUUGUGUCUACCCUGCUCAAGACGCCAUUGUGCAAAUGAGGAAUAUGCCAAACACAACAUAUGUACAGAUUUAGUUUUAUUGAGAAAAAGUAAAUCUCCAGACAACAGCGACAAAGCAGUUAAAGAUGAAAAUGCGCAAGAUGAACACAUCUCUAGAAACCAGGAGGAACUAUUUCCAAAGGAAGGAUGCUUCAACUGCCGAAAAGAAAACCAUUUUGUUGAAAAUGUUUGCACAUUCUGCAGAACGAGACUGUGUAAUGGUUGUUCUUCUGAACACAUGUCUGAAGAACAUAAAACCAUAUUGGUGGCAGAAUUUUUAGGCAAAAAGUUUCCAUGCCUUACCUGUAAUGCUGACGCCUAUCACCAUUGCCAUUCCUGUAAUUCUGAUUUCUGCCAUGAAUGCAGAGUUGAUCAUCAGGCCAAUGGCUUGCUUGAUCACGAAUGGAUAGAUAUAAUUUCCCAUGCCUUUAUAUUAUCAGACACUGCAGUACCAAUGUGCUGUAUAUGUCCUGACGAUGAUAAAAUCCCUGCGUCUACGUAUUGUAUUUCUUGUCAUCAUGCGACGCCACUAUGUGAGAACUGCUCAAAAGAACACUUACAAAAAUAUAAUGAUCAUGUACUUUGCCAUGAUAUGUCAAGUUUCAAUGAAGAAAGCUUCGAGGAUGAAGAAAACUAUCUAAACCAGAAUUCAAUAACGAAGUGUGUACCAUGCGCAUUUGAUCAGGAUGAUUCCGAUGCAAAUUGCUUCUGUUUGUCAUGUAAAGAACCUGAACCAAUGUGCAACAAGUGUGCAGCACAGCAUGUCCGCGAGAAAAAAACUCGUGGACAUGAAAUCUGUCAAGAUUUGACAAAAUUCCCUUUGAUAAAUGUUUCAAGCGAUGUUUUGUGUGAAAACUGCACUUACAACAAGGUACAACGUGUUGCUUCAGCUUUCUGCAUUACCUGCGAGGAACCUGAGCCAAUGUGUGAAGACUGCAUAACCCUUCAUUUGAAACAAAAAAAAUAUCGAAAUCACGAAAUUUGUCGCAAUGUACAUCAACUUAUUAAAAGUAUUAUGUGCGAACCCUGUAAAUUUGAGAAUGUAAAAAAUGUUGCAACACACUUUUGCGUCGAUUGUGAGGAUCCCGAACCGAUGUGUCCAACAUGCGCCAAUCAACAUCUAAAGCAACGGUCUGGAAGAGGUCAUACUUUAAAUGAAGACCUGAGUAAAAUGCCAGAUUACGAAAAUGCAGUAGCAACAUUUAUUCAGAGAAAUGAAAACGGGAAACAAGAAGAAACAAAGGCAAAGACUCCAGGGAAGCCAAAGGCUUUAAAAAUACAAUCCGAUUCUGUUGAACUUUUUUGGAUAAGACCUAAUGUGGAAGUAGACUACUACCAAAUACGUUACAAGAGUAAAGGCGGUACAGAAAAAUGGAAGUUUGUAGAAACUGAGGAUAAUCACAACCAAAUUAUCAUCAAUGGUUUGAUGGCUGACACGGUAUAUACUUUUCAAGUGCGAGGCGUGCAUCAAGAUCAAGAAGGAAGUUAUGGCCCAGAAAACAGCGGAAUAAAGACAACUGAGUCUCUCGCCACAUAUUUACUCAAAUUCUCUAUCAAAAUUGAAAACACGAAUCCACCAAAGUACCAGCUCCUUACACAAGAAAACAGAAGAGCUAGAAACCCAAAAGCAAAAACAAGGCAACUUAUUCUUGGGAAUCCAAGACUGGAUGCUCAAGAAGAUAAAACGAUUUUGCUUGUCGGUGCAACUGGUUCUGGGAAAAGUACACUUGUCGAUGGCAUUGUCAACUACGUUAUGGGUGUAAGUUUUGAUGAUCCAUUUAGAUUCACCCUUGUGCAAUUAGAAGAAGAGGAAAAAAAGACCCAUAACCAGGCUAUUUCUCAAACCGAGUGGAUAACUGUUUAUAAAAUAGCGCCACAUAAAGGAAGUCGACUCAACUACACUCUGAAUAUCAUUGACACCCCUGGAUUUGGAGACACGCGAGGCAUUGAUAGAGAUCAUGCUAUUAUAGACCAAAUUCGUCAUUUAUUUUCAGCAAAGGGGCAACAGGGAGUUCUGUUUAUUGAUGCAGUAUGUUUUAUUGUGAAGGCUCCUGAUGCCCGGCUUACUGUGUCUCAGAAAUACAUCUUUAGUUCCAUAAUGUCGUUGUUUGGCAAAGAUAUUGAAUCAAACAUCUGCACCCUAAUAACAUUUGCUGACGGCGCGGAACCCCCAGUUCUAGCUUCUUUAACUGAGGCAAACCUCCCGUUUGGCUCUACCUUCCAAUUCAAUAAUUCUGCCUUAUUUGCAGAAAAUAAAAAUCUUUCAGUAACCUCUCUGUCACCUAUGUUUUGGGAGAUGGGAUGCAGAAGUUUCCAAAAGUUUUUUGAUCAACUUGGGAAGUUUGAAACCAGAAGUCUCUCUCAAACAAAAGAUGUGUUGGAGGAAAGAGAACAAUUGAAGACAAUCAUAGCCAAUAUUCUUCCUCAGGUAAAAGCUGGUUUGUCGAAAUUAGGAGAAUUGCGAGAUCAGCUCGAAAUAUUCAAAAGGCAUAAGGAUGAUAUAGAAAAUAACAAAGAUUUUACAUACAAAGUAGAUGAAACAAAACAAUACUUAAUUGAUUUGCCCAAAGGUCAGCAUGUUACUAAUUGCCUUCAAUGUAACGUUACCUGUCAUGAAAGAUGUGCAAUUGCAGACGAUUCCCAAAAACGUGGAUGUGCAGCUAUGAGAAAUGGUUACUGCAAAGUAUGUGUGGGGAAAUGUAUAUGGUCAGAGCAUAAAAACACUCCCUAUAUUUUUAAAUACGUCGUUGAAAAAGUUACAAAAACCUAUACUGAAAUGAAACAGAAAUACGAGAAAGCUAAGGGCUCCACAUUGACACACGAAAAGUAUAUUGAAGAACUCACAUAUGACAUUGAUUACCUUUUUGGGAAUGUCACAAUGAUGAUGUCAGACAUGAAACGUUGCAAAGCGAGGCUGAAGGAGAUAGCACUACGACCUGAUCCAUUGUCUGCAGUAGAACACAUUGAUCUCUUGAUCCAAGCCGAGGAAACUGAAAAGCAACCGGGGUUCAGGCGGCGAAUAAUGAUGCUCAAUGAAAUAAAGCGCAUGGCCUUGGUAGAUAAGCAUAUUGAGAACUUUGAUCAAAGUUUAAGGCUAGCCAAAAAUGACGUCACUUCCGCUGUAGGAAAAACUUUCAGGGGUUCUGGACGUGCCCCAAAAAGUGGGAAUAUAGUCCAAAGAGGCGUCAGUUACUUAAAGUCAUUCUUCCAGUGACUUUUACUUUACAAUCUUGUAUCUCUUGUAUCUAAUCUAAUGCUAAGGAG